UAAAAAGGGAUAAUAUCAUCAUAACUACCAGGAUCAGUGAUCAUUUUCCACUCCUGCACAUCCUUUAGUUGAAAUCAAAUCAUAAAGUAUAGAUAUAUUGGCUGCAUAUCACUAUAUCUGUAUCUCGACUAUUUGUGAAACAAUCUUGUUCCCCUCUCGACUUAGCCGGAAUCGGGACACUUUUCCAAUUAGCCGGAAUCGAUAUUAUAUUGAGAGGGAUAGAGGAUUUUUUUUUGAACCUAAGAGGAGGACAGUCAGAAGAUUUCCGUUUAGCUCGGAAGAGGUGGUUCGGAGCUGCGGUAAAUAGUAAACCCUGUUUCCUAGUGCAUGAAGGGUUGUGCGUAUGAUGUCAAUACCGAAGGAGCUGGAGCAAGUGAUAAGGCAUAGAGAUGGAUCGGUGCUGGGGAAAAGGACGAUCCUCAAAAGCGACCAUUUUCCUUCCUGCCAGAACAAACGUCUUUCUCCCCAUAUCGAUGGUGCACCCAAUUACAGAAAGGCUGAUUCAUUACAUGUUCACGGUGUUGCUAUCCCAACCAUCAGUGGUAUCCGGAAUGUUCUUGACCACAUUGGAACACAGAUAGAUGGGAAGAAGACUCGUUUUCUCUGGAUUAAUCUUCGUGAAGAACCGGUUGUGUACAUUAAUGGGCGCCCUUUUGUUCUGCGUGAAGUGGAGAUGCCUUUUUCUAACCUUGAAUAUACGGGUAUUAACAGGGUGAGGGUGGAACAAAUGGAGGAUCGAUUGAAAGAAGAUGUCCUGCUAGAGGCUGCAAGAUAUGGAAAUAAGAUCCUUGUGACUGAUGAACUCCCUGAUGGCCAAAUGGUGGAUCAAUGGGAACCUGUGACACAGGAUUUGGUGAAAACGCCACUAGAGGUAUAUCAGGAGCUACAAGCACAGGAGUACCUUGUUCACUAUGAGCGUGUUCCUAUAACAGACGAAAAGCCGCCCAAAGAGCUGGAUUUUGAUAUUUUGGUUAAUAAAGUGUCUGAAGCUGAUAUAGAAACAGAAAUAGUGUUUAAUUGCCAAAUGGGGCGUGGACGAACUACAACUGGAAUGGUGAUUGCUACUUUGGUUUAUCUUAAUCGUAUAGGAGCCUCUGGAAUCCCAAGGACAAAUUCUACUGGCAGAGUGUCUAGCUGUGGCACCAGUGCUAAUGAUACAAUGACCAACACAGAGGAUGCGAUUCUUAGAGGAGAAUAUACAGUUAUUAGAAGCUUGAUUAGAGUUUUGGAGGGUGGCAUUGAAGGCAAAAAGCAAGUGGAUAAAGUCAUUGAUAGAUGCGCCUCAAUGCAGAACUUACGUGAAGCUAUUGCUUCGUAUCGGAAUAGCAUUUUGCGCCAGCCUGAUGAGAUGAAGAAAGCAGCAGCGCUUUCCUUUUUUGUGGAAUAUUUAGAAAGAUAUUACUUUCUUAUUUGCUUUGCCGUAUAUCUCCACACAGAACGAGAAGCACUUCACCCUAGAUCUUCUGGCUGGAGCAGUUUUACUGAUUGGAUGAGAGCUAGGCCAGAAUUGUAUAGUAUACUUCGUAGAUUGCUUAGAAGAGAUCCAAUGGGUGCACUAGGCUAUGUAAGCUUGGAACCUUCGCCAGCUAAAGAUGUGGAGUCCACCAAUAACCGCCCUUCUGAAAUGGGCCAAGUUGCUGCUUUAAGGAGGGGAGAGGUUCUUGGAAGUCAAACUGUUCUUAAGAGCGACCAUUGUCCUCGUUGCCACCAUCCAAGCUUGCCAGAACGGUUGGAGGGUGCUCCUAAUUUCAGGGAAGUUCCUGGAUUUCCAGUCUAUGGUGUUGCAAAUCCAACUGUAAGUGGGAUUCUAUCUGUCAUUCAAAGGAUUGGUAGCUGCAAAGGUGGCCGUCCAGUAUUUUGGCAUAAUAUGAGAGAAGAGCCUGUUAUAUACAUCAAUGGGAAGCCUUUUGUGCUCCGGGAGGCUGAAAGGCCCUACAAGAAUAUGCUGGAAUAUACGGGAAUUGAUUGUGAAAGAGUAGAAAGAAUGGAAGCUCGAUUGAAAGACGAUAUUAUGCGAGAAGCUGAACAUUACAAUGGUGCUAUAAUGGUUAUUCAUGAGACAGCUGAUGGGAAAAUAUUUGAUGCUUGGGAGCAUGUGAGCUCUGAUUCAAUUCAGACCCCAUUAGAGGUCUUUAAGUGUCUGGAGGCUGAGGGGUUCCCAAUCAAGUAUGCCCGUGUUCCUAUUACCGAUGGAAAGGCUCCAAAAAGUUCUGACUUUGACACGUUGGCAGUGAAUAUUGCAUCUGCUUCGAAUGAUACUGCUCUUGUCUUUAAUUGUCAGAUGGGGAUAGGAAGGACAACCACUGGGACUGUAAUUGCCUGCCUUUUGAAACUGCGCAUUGACUGUGGGAGACCCAUCAGAGUAUUAAAUGAUGCAUUGCAUGAGGAAUUUAGUGAUAUUUCAAGUGCUGAUGAAAGUGAUGGUCUUGCUCCUUCAUCUGCACCGUUUGUUUUAAAAACAAGGCCUAAGAAAGGUUCAUCUCAUGAAUUUGGGAUAAAUGACAUCCUGUUGUUAUGCAAGAUAACCAGGCUAUUUGACAAUGGGGUGGAAUGCCGAGAGGCCUUAGAUGCAAUUAUUGAUAGAUGUUCUGCUCUGCAGAAUAUACGCCAAGCUGUCUUGCAGUACAGAAGGUUGUUUAACCAGCAGCAUACUGAGCCUAGGGAAAGAAGAGUGGCACUGAACCGUGGUGCUGAGUAUCUAGAGCGCUACUUUCAUUUGAUUGCUUUUGCAGCAUAUGUUGGGAGUGACGCUUUUGAUGGAUUCUGUGGGCAAGGAGAAUCCAAGACAACAUUUAAGCAUUGGUUGCAACAGAGGCCAGAGGUUCAAUCUAUGAAGUGGUCUCUUAGAUUGAGGCCUGGGCGCUUCUUUACAAUCCCUGAGGAACUAAGAACUCCACAUGAGUUGCAGCAUGGAGAUGCUGUCAUGGAGGCUAUUGUAAAAGAUCGUAAAGGUUCAGUUCUGGGAAAAGGGUCUAUUCUGAAGAUGUAUUUCUUUCCUGGUCAGAGAACUUCAAGUCACAUACAAAUCCAUGGUGCACCACAUGUUUUCAAGGUGGAUAAGCAUCCUGUGUAUAGCAUGGCAACUCCAACAAUUGCUGGUGCCAAAGAGAUGCUAACUUACAUGGGUGCAACGCCUAGGAUAGAAGAAAGCGCUACUGACAGAGUUGUUAUAACAGAUCUUAGGGAAGAAGCUGUAGUUUAUAUCAAUGGUACUCCAUUUGUGCUCAGAGAACUGAAUAAGCCUGUGGAUACCCUCAAGCAUGUCGGAAUUACGGGCUCAUUGGUGGAACACAUGGAAGCACGAUUAAAGGAAGAUAUUAUUACUGAGAUAAAGCAAUCUGGUGGCCGAGCACGAUCAAAAGAAGACAUUAUCUCUGGAAAAAAGCAAUCUGGUGGCCGGAUGCUUUUACAUCGUGAAGAAUACAAUCCGACGCUUAACCAAGUUAGCAUCAUAGGGUAUUGGGAGAACAUAUUCAUAGAUGACGUGAAGACUCCUACUGAGGUAUACGCUAGUUUGAAGAGCGAAGGAUAUAACAUAACCUACCAGAGGAUACCUUUAACGAGAGAAAGAGAAGCAUUGGCUUAUGAUGUCGAUGCUAUCCAAUAUUGCAAGGAUGAGUUAGCAGGGUCCUACCUUUUUGUAUCCCAUACCGGAUUUGGAGGGAUCGCUUAUGCAAUGGCUAUUAUUUGUUUACGACUUGAUGCAGAAACAAAUCGAACCUCACAUAUGCCCAGAUCAUUGGUUGAUAAAGCUCAUUCAUUCCCCCCACCUGUUGGGAAUCUAGCUUCCAAACUUUUUGAUGAUGAAACAUGCAAAAUGGGCGAUUACCGAGACAUAUUAAGCCUAACUAGAGUUCUUGUGCAUGGUCCAGAGAGCAAGGGAGACGUAGACGAUGUCAUAGAAAGGUGUGCUGGUGCCGGACAUUUACGAGAAGAUAUUGUUCACUUCGCAACAGAACUUAAAAAGUUUCCCAGUGAUGUUGAUGACGAACAUCGAGCAUACCUCAUGGAUAUGGGAAUUAGAGCUCUAAGGCGGUAUUUUUUUCUGAUCGCGUUUAGAUCCUAUCUGUAUUGCACAUCUGCUAGUGAGAUGAAAUUUACUGACUGGAUGGAUGCCAGGCCUGAAUUAGGCCAUCUUUGUAACAACUUGAGAAUUGAUAUGUGAAGCAAAUGUAUAUCUUCAUCAAAGGUAGAAUGUAAAAUCAUUUGGUAAACAACGAGCUUGGUGAGUUGUUCCAGUGAAUUGAAGUUGUAAUUAAAGCGUAUAUGAUGCCGUAGUUCAAGGAUGCGAGUAGCCCUUUUUUGAACGACGGAGGAACGCAGGUGGUCGUUACCAAUAAAUGCCAUUAGAUAUUUUUCGCUAUGUUGAUAGUUACUAUUAUACCCACCGUAGGAGUAGAAUUUAAAUAUCUAAAUGGCUCUCUUAGGGAUCUAUUAUGUAUAAAUAAAAAUGGGUUGUAACCAAGAUCGUUAUUAGAGGAUUUAGAGGGGCUGAAGCAAUAAUAUUACAUAUCUCCAUUUAUCCUCUGUUGUAUAUUCUCUUUACAUGCACAAGUUUAUUAUUCUUUUUGCUGCCUCAUCUCUUUUCUCAUGUACUUUUCAAGUCUGUAUGUACAUGUUAUAAACACAGAGUUUUCCAAUCGUCUAUUAUAAAAC